AUGGAUCUCACCUCCUGUCGUCUGCCUGCCGCCGUCGUGCUUCCUUCCUUCUCCGUACAUCAGUCCGGUGCAUGUAAAUUAUAUAUAAAUUGCGAGGAAUCAUGAUGGGGGAGCCCAGCGACAGAGCUUCCUCUCGGCCAGAAUCACUCUCGGAUCUUUUUCAAGCCCCUCCACGAGAGGAGUGGAGGGUGCAGAUUGUUAAGGUUGCAGAAUACAUACCCAAGGUUCAAGGCGAGCCAAAGCGAACAUUGUGGCGGCUAAGUACUUCAAAUAAGUGCAAAUAUUGGGGUCCUAAGGGACCAGCCGGGGUGCCCCUCGACCCUCCUGCAAAUAUUGUUGAAUCUGCCCCACCAGAGGAGCUGGAGCCGGCUACUGAGGUUACCGCGCCAUCAUCAUCGGAAGAAGAACAGGCCGAUAGAUGCAAUGCAAGGAGGAAAAGAAUGCGUUCAAUCCAUUCCAACGACAUGUUCAAGUACCGUGGGUGCUCGUGGCCGCAGGUGGUGGGUCUCAAAGUGCACAAGGCCAAGAGGAUCAUCAUGAAGGGCAAGCCGGACCUCUCUUGCGAAGUCGUCCUGGAGAACCAGCUGAUGACCAUGUGCUACUGCUCGAGGCGUGUUCGGGUCAUUGUAGACAGGCACAACAAUGUCGUGCAAACCCCUCGUGUGGGUUAAGCGUUCAAGGACGGAAUGGAGAUCGGCGUCGUCGAGGCUGCAGGAUUGGGUGCUCAAUUAAUUGAAAGAUGUAUCUUCCUGAUGAUUUUUUAAGGCGCUUCGUGCAUUGUUCUUGACAUCUGAAAAAAUAUGUACUGCUCCUGGUCUAGCUCGUGGUGAAUCAAAUAAUCUUGA